UGCAAAAGGGCAGUUUCCUUGUGAGUCCCACAUGUCACCUGAGCUGCAAGCAAAGUGCAUACCAAUAAAAGGAGAGACAGAGCAAGCUGAGAAUCACCUGGGGAAAGUCGAGCUCUUGCUGCAAGUAAAGAAAACCCAAAGUUAAGAAAGAGAGGGAAACUUUCAGGGGAAAAAAUCUGCUGAAAUCAAGCAUUUCAGCCCUGCAGAGCCUGAAUCAUGGGUGGCAGUGUGUCAAUUGAGAAUCAUACUCCCUACUACUGGUCCUACUGCUAUUCCUAUAAGGGCACCUCCCCCGACUUAAAGGGAAGUGGCACGCUCUCUCCCUCUGACAGACGCCAUCAGCACAAGCAAGAAGCCUUUCACAGUUACAUCUACGUCAAGUAUGGGUGCCAUGAUGGACGAACCUGUUACGUGUCUAAAGAUAUAGUAUAUGAAUACUACGCUGCUAGGAACCCAACCUUCAAGAUCCGAGAGAGCUCUGACCGCUCGUGCAUUCUACUGGAAUGUACCACAGAAAGUUAUGUACCCAGCUGUCCAAAUUACGGAAGACAAGAGGAGCUCAGACAGCAGCAGCAACAGGAGGAGCAGCAGAGGAGGGAGGAGCAGCGGAGGAGGGAGGAGCAGCGGAGGAGGGAGGAGCAGCAGAGGAGGGAGGAGCAGCGGAGGAGGGAGGAGCAGGAGGAGAGGAGACGGCUGGAGCGUCUGGAGAGGGAGAGGAGGAUUGAGGAGGAGGUCGAGAGAGAGAACGAGGCCAGCGAGAGCCGGCUGGCACGUGUCUCGGAGAAGCUGAAACAAAAGCUGGACUUCAGGGGGCAGGAGAGACAUGUCCAGCGCUCCCACAUUCUACAGCAGCUGGUGGAAGACGAUGCAGCCGCAAUCCAGGUUGACGAGCUUGAAUACAUUGAGAAGAAGUUAAACAAGCUUUUGGGAAGAUAUGCCAUUAAGGAAGAUCAGAGUCUGCAGUCUUCCCAUAUUGAAGAUCGCAUGAAAACUCUACAGAAUGAGCUGACAGCCCAGUACUGCAGAGAGCACCAGUUACCUGUUUGGUCUCAGUUUGCCUUUGACAGCGCCAUCCGUUACGAGCACCUUUCUUUGACAGAGAAAUUCUGCGUUCUGGAAGCAGUUAUCCAGCUGAUCCUGGGAGAGGAUUCAGACGUCCUCACUGAAACCGAACUGCAGGACCAUGCCGAAUGUGACAGCUUUCUCUUUGGUGUGCUAGUCCAGGUUUACCAACAAAAUGCCACCUUAGCUGGAAACCUGGUGCUAAGUAUCCUGGAGAUGUUUUUGGAGUUGUCUGAGGAAAGCAAAGAACUCCUCAGUCAAAUCCUGUUCAGCAAAGUCUGGACUCCGAUGGAAACGGUCACCUUUGCCCGCCUCACAGUUGGUGCCCCUCAAGAUCAGGUGGCUUCUGUCCUCCGCAAAACGCAGACAUAUAGACUGGAUCUGCUGACUGUCCUCUCUGCCCUGAAAGAUGAGGACCCGGUUAAGUUCCUGCAGACAUACAGUGAAGAAGAAGAGGACAAAGACCUCUCCUCCAUUCUGGAGGAGAUGCGGGCCAGCAACUACCCGGAACCGCUGCUAUCAAUCAUUGAAGUAGUGCUGGGCAACGUGAUGGAGGAACUCCCCAAAUACACUCAUUUUGACCUGGAUGACAAGAUGAAAAGUGACGGCAUUGCAAUGGUGAAAUCACUGGACUUCACCAAUCCUGAUCCUAAAACCUUAACCCAAGUCUUGAUCGGGCUGUCCAUCGCAGUACAAGACACCUCCACCAUUUACAAAGACGAUAAAAAAAUUGAAGGCUAUUUCCCACGAGUCACUCAGCUGGCAUCUUUACUGAUGCUGCUCCUUUCGAAGAGAAUGUCAGACAAUGGGUGCCUUCUUGAAAUUGGGACCGGGGAAGGGAAGUCCUGUAUCUUAGCUAUGUUUGCUACCAUUCAGGCCAUCCGAGGCAUAAAGGUGGAUGUGGUGACCAGCUCCCCAGUGCUUGCCCGGCGGGACCAAGAAGAGUGGCAGAAGCUGUACAAAAUGUUUGAUAUAUCGUCUUCGGUGGUACCGCCAGUAGGAAUAAACAGCUAUGACAAUUCCAGACAGCGAGAGGCGUCAAUAACAGAAGCCUAUGCCAAGCAGAUUGUGUACGGGACAGUGGGGAAUUUUGCAGCUGACACCUUGAAGCAGGAGUUUGAAAAGACCCAAACGCGGGGGGAGAGGGGGUUUGACUUGGUCAUUGUGGACGAGGUGGACUAUAUGACUUUAGACAACGGCGUCCAGGUGACAUUUCUAUCACAUGAAGCCAGUGGUCUGCGACACGCUGAACAGGUGCUGGCUUGGAUCUGGCAGAUGAUCUGCACCUGCCAGCCCAUAAUACUGGCUGAGACCGGGGAGGUCCAGUGGGCCACCAAGAUUCAGCAUUUCCACAGAGCCGCCUCCACAGCCGUGAUGGGCUCAUCCACAUCAGAGCACUUCUCUCCACUCAAUAUUCUGGAGCCCGGACUGCAAUUGGGCUUUUUCACCCAGGAGGAUAUAGACAAGGUGCAGGCAGCAGAGAUGGAGGGACAGAAGGAGAACGCCCCAGUGGAAUCAAAAGAUCCCAACUUUCAAGUUCUCCAGAUCAUUAUGGGCAAAAUCGGAGUCACCCAACAACAUGACCUGCUUAGGGUGUUCGAGGAGGUACUGGAGAAAGCUGUCUCCUUCGAGUGCUACACAACUGUAGAGGGGAGAGUAGUUCCAUUUGGAGGACAAAACCCAGACUGUGAUGAGAAGAUCAGAAUGCUCCUUUUAGAGGGUGGACAUGCAUGUGAAAUAGUUUCCCAGGAACAGAUAAUCAAAGCAACGGUUGAAGAAUUAAGGUCCAGGAUUAAAUACUCGGAUACCUAUGUAUCACCAUCACAAAGUUCAGAGUCAGACUCUUUCAUCCUUAUUCCAUUUUUCCUGAGGGAUUAUAUGGAGAACCGUUUGCCUGUUUUCGUGGAGAAUGGUCUUAGGGCCAUCUCAAUGACACAGGAUCGGGAGUACAUGAUCGAUUUUGGAUCUGAAGAGGCAAAGUCAGCCCUAGAGACUGAGAAGCAUCGCUACCACGUCAUCAUCCCAGUGGACUUCAAGGCCAGUGGAGUGCUGGAGAAGAACAAGCGCUGGGGGGAUGGGCUGCAGCAGUUUCUGGAGAUGAAGCACCAGCUGGCCAUCACGUCCCUGUCCAAUGUCACAAACUACUUGUCCAACUUCCAUUACUUUCAGAGGUACCUCAAGGGCACGGGCAUAUUUGGGGUCUCGGGGACGUUAGGGAGCAAAGCAGACAAGCAGUUUCUAUGCAAACAGUAUAAAACUGAGAGCUAUGUGGUGCCAGCCCAUCGCCACAAGAAGGUGGUGGAGUUACCAGCACUUCAAGUGAAGGGAGGGAAAGGCCGGUGGAUGGAGACCAUAUGUGAGUGCGUCCAGAUGAUUACCAGGAGAGGGCAAGUGGCUUUGGUGAUCUGCGAAGAUGUUAAAACGUCAGAAGAGCUUCGCCAGAUAAUGACCACUUCAGCUCCUUUGCAUCGAAUAACGAUGUACACCAUCAGCGAGAAACACAACAUCGAGAAGAUGGAGUUCUCUGCCGGGUGUGUGAUCAUUGCCACCAACCUGGGAGGCAGAGGGACAGACAUCAAAGUGGAUAAAGGGGUCAAUGCGAGUGGAGGGCUGUGUGUCAUCCUCACACACUUCCCCAGCAGCCGACGUGUGGAGAAGCAAGUGUUCGGCCGCACUGCCCGCAAAGGCAACCCAGGGAUGGUGCAGAUGGUCCUCAACCAUGACAGCCUGGCUGCAGCCUACCAGGGCCAGCCCCUCGAGAUCAUGAGGCAGCUGAGGGAGGAGUAUGAGGUCGAUCGCAUCACUGAUAUGGAAACAGACGAGCUGCUGGAAAUCCAAACUAGGGAGGAGCUGUUCGCCUGCUUCUGUGCCCACCUGAGUUCCUUCGAACAGAGGUACACUGAAGAGGAAAAACUUCAUCUUGUUGAAAAGAAAGAGAUACCAUCAUUCUAUACAAUGGACCAGAAAUUGGAUUACCAUCCUGCCCUCAAUGCCCUGAAGGAAGCUUGGGCUUUGUGGCUUACCUUGCAUGAGAAGCAGAUCGACAAGCACAUGGAUGUCGGUCAGCUGAAGUCAGAGCUGUCUCUCAUGCUGCAGCACACAGCGAAUGAGCUUCUACAGGGAAUAAGUAGCAAUUUCUAUGACCACAUCAAGCAAGCUGUGACAAGGAUGGACCUGCAUGCUAGAAACAAGAAACUGGACUAUGGUGCCUUUGACUACUGGCAGCGUGUGAUUGAUACGGACAAAGUCUUCCAAGCGGUUUCAAAGUACAACCAGGCCUACAUCACCAUCAACAUGGAGGGGGACAGCUACAAGAAGAAGGCCAUAGACCUCCUGAGAGAUGCGGAGAGCGCCAUUCAGGUCCACGUCUCCGAGACCACCAACACCAUGGCCGCCUGCCGCUUGUCUUGCUUAGCCCCGUUCACUCCCCACCACACCGACGGCACCAACUUCCAAGUGCAGAUGGAAACGAGGCUGAGCGUGUACAGCUCCUGGAAAGUGAACAUCAGCAAGGCCAUAGAGAAGCUGGAGGAAUUGGAGAAGAAGAGAGAUGAGGCGCAAACCGAAGUAUCAGCCGUUUACAUGCUUCUAGACGAGAAAGAUUACAUCAUUACAACGGAGCUCAUGGCGCUUUACGAGUAUGGCCUGGGCAUCGUCUUCGAGGUAAAGAAAAAGCCCAAGUUCUGCAUCGACGGACUGAUCUGCGCCAUACUCGGGGCCUGCCAGGUCUUUCUCGGGGCUCUGGUCUGCGCCUUGUCAUUCGGAACCGCCAGCCAGGUCGGCCUGGGGCUGAUAUCAGAAGGCAUCUCAGACAUGAUUGAAGGCAUAAAAGGCAUGAUCACUGGUUCCUUCGACUGGGCAGAAUGGGCCAUCUCCAAAUCCAUCAGUAUUGGCAUGUCACUAGUUACAGCCGGGUUCAGUCUGGCCAGGAAAGCAGUAACAUCUGUGUAUAAAGCCACCAAAGGUCUCCUGACCGGCACCAAAACGUUUGCCUCCAUCACUGAUGACAUCGUCCGCUCGGGGAAAAGCAUGCUGACAUCUGUCAAGGGUACUGCGAAGGCGACCGUCUCAUCCCUCUCGAAAGACACAAUGAAGAAAUCUCUGCACAACCUAGCGUCCAGCAAAACAAUGACCAGCAGUUUCAAGGAAGCGGGGAAAUAUGCGAUGCAGGAACUUGGGAUGGAAACCUUUAACGCCAGCUUGAAUUAUACCAUCAACAAAGGGUUGCAAGCAGUCUUCAAGGAUAUCCUGAGCAAAGCCUUCACCGAUAUAAUAACCAAAGCAAUAGAAGAUAAUACAGCUCUGGAUCAGUGCCUGACCCAGGUGAUAGUUUUAUAUGGGGUUCCAAAAGAAGCUCUGCAGAAAGACCCCAACAGUUCCAUGUUCAAGCUCCGUGAAGACAUAAGAAAGAAACUGAGGAACAUCCUGCUUAAAGUCUGCAAUGAUAACUUAUCGGAUCUAAUGGAUGAUCAUGCAGUGCUCAACGAGGUCAUAAAUAGAGUUUCGGAAGUGCAUGAAAAAGCCACAGAGCUCAUUCAGAAAGCCAGAGUCCCAGGGGCUGUCCAAACAGUCAUCAAAAUAAGUGUGAUAAUCACAGAGAAAACCUCGCAAUUCGUCCAGAUGGUCCAAUCCUUUCCCACUGAAUCGAUUAUUCACAACACCUUUGUUCCCAAGUUCAACAAAAGCAUAGAGGAACAAUUCGCUGAAGAAAACUGGGCAGAGUACGAGAAGGACGGGAGAUGCGGAUUCCCAGUUGUAGCGGAACUCAAGACGGAGUUUAAGCAUAUGAUCUCGGACAACUUGUUAAGCACGUUCUUAGAUGCCUUCACUGGCCACCUGACCUCCAUGACUAGCACUUUCCGUAAAAAACUGAACAAGGCUGCAGGGGGCGCUGUGGGCAACCUCCUGGGCCGGUUCCAAACUCAACGCUUCUUUUCCGACCAAAAGCAUAUUCAGGACAUGAAGAGAAGCUUCCAGGGUCCUGAGAGAGCACUCGCAGAGGCAGAGGCACGGGAGAUGGCAAGGUACGUGGAGAAAAUCAGUGAGGUCAGCCGUCCAGCGAACAUUGUGGACCUGCUGGCUCUGACCAGGAGCGAUCUGAUGGAGGGCAAAGGAAUUCAGCUCACAAUAGUGGACGAACGAGGGAAGCGGAUUUCCGACAUGAAGUUCGCUGGAAAAAACAGUGCGGCAGGAGACAUCAUAUUGAGGCUGACAAAAGACCAAGAGCUACAUGAAAGUGACAAAGGCUUCAUUGCAAAGAUUAAAGAUCGGAUCUCUGGAAAAGAAAACCCUUUCACUGGCCAUUUUGACAUUGUGCAAUCAGACGGCAAAGUGAUUCCAGUGAGGUCAGAGAACCAAAACUGUCUGUACCACGCUGUCAUACAGGCGAAGGGCAACAGGCAGGAAGACAAAAUCAAGUAUGAAGCCACUAAACUGAGAAACCAAGUCAAAGAUGAGGUGCUUGGGAACCUGAACAGAUAUGCUGGGAUUGUGAAGCUCCAACAGGGCUAUGACCAGAUUUACAGUGGUACCGGGAAGUACACUAUUGAGGGCGGAUGCAAGAGAAAGAGAGAUGACAACGAUGACCGUGAACAUGGGGAAUGGAUGGCAGCGCUCCAGAAAACGGUUAAGAAGAAAGACGGAUUCCAUCUUGCCCGGAAUUUAAAGUUAGGAAUUACAGGCAAAUAUAAAAAUAUUAGAAGAGAGAAUAAGAACAAUACGAGAGACUCUCCUCAGCACGUCACAGAGGUAGAUCACAUUCCACCAAAGGCUGUGUUGCAGAAGGCUUUGCAGAAAGUGCAGCAGGACUCUCAAGGCAACGCAGAGCUGAGAAGAAGGAACCCCAAACUUCACGCUAUGCUGAUGGGCACCGACACAGACCCAUACGCCCAGGAGAUGCUGUGUAUGAACACCCUGCGUCAGGAUCACAGAGCUGCACUGACCACAGGCAACAGUGUAGAGUCACAACGUUGCAGGGACCAGCUGAUCCAGACACUGUUGAGUGGAGAUGCAGAGAAACUGCUGAAGAAGUCUUUCAUUGUGGCCCACCCCAUCUCAUCAAAGCAACUCAAACAGGACACAGGGUUAAAUCCCUGCGGAAUUAAAGAGAGAAGGAAUAAAGCAUUUGCGGAGACAACCAAGGCUUAUUACCUGAUUGGAUUCAGCAAGCUAGUGGACAGAUACUACGAAGACUACGGGAUCAUCGACCAGAAUCAGAAAGACAGUCUCUUAGCGUGGGUGGAGAAGGAAAGACACUUGGAUGUAAAUACCAAAGAGUAUAAAGAACUACUGACAGCCAUUAAAGAAGACGAUUAAGAUGGUCAAGAGCUGUGGGGGGUAAAUUAUCCAUCCAAUUUCAUUGUGAGGGACAUGGCGGAGCCGAUUUAUAUAUUCUGAAAUAUUAUAUACCGUAAAAACUGGUGUAUAAGUGCCCCCCCCCCCUCCCCUUUUUAAGACAACAAUUUCAGAAAAAAUGCCUA